UGUCACAAAGUGCUGUCCAGAAAGGCCCCCCGCUACUUGGAAACGGGGACGACUCUUUGAAGAGUCAGAAGCAGAGGAAUCAAGAGGACGGUUGUCGUGUCCUUGGCGGUAGAAAGGCGAACUGAAAGUGAAAUAGUGAACCAGCCUAACAAGGAAGCCAGACAUUGAACCGUUUUGUAGCCACUUCUCUAGUUGCAAUUUCAUUGAUUUGUGAUAUCGCAGCCGGACGUUUCUGCAAACACCUCGUUAGUAUGUAACUAGUUAGCGGACACUGGACGUGUUGUAUAUGUUUGCUUGCCAGAUAUCUAACGUUACUGUUACCUUUUGACAUUGUGUUAUUAAAGUCAGUCGAUAGAUACUAAAACUAGGUGUAAUAAUCUUCCACAACCAUGGAAUAUAUGACAGCCGUCCAGAAGAAGAGACGCCACGAAGGAGACCUUCAAACCCGGAAAGAUUGCCAAGCGAAACGACUGUGCAACGGAGUGGGAGUCUGCGUCCGGGUUGAACAUGGCGGGAUGGUGACUGACGGUGCCAUGGAUGCCAGCAUGCAACAGCAGGGUGUCCCAAACAGCGGUGUCGGCAUCAACCACCCAGCUUCUAACAUGGUCUAUGCAGUCCAAGGCAGCCAAUGUUGUAAUCGGUGCCUGGCAGGGGAGCCCGGCCACAUUAACCACAUCAUGGGGUAUUGAUCGGUUAUCGUCAUGAUCAGAGAUCGUUUGAAGAACUGAAGGAUCCUUGAGGAUGAAGAGAAUGAUCGAUUGAUUGAGUGCUUGAUCAAGUCAUUGUGUAUGUGGCUGUGAACCGUUUUAUCAGUGUGCCUUGCCUUUUCUAGCUGUUAUUAACCACAAGCACUGUACUGCUUCAUGUAUAGCCUCGCAUGUUUACACUACCUAACACUGGGUAUGGGGGAAAUGGCUACUAACCAGACAGUAGACAUGGUGAUUUCAUACCGUCUUACUAACAUUCUGUUUGAAUGGAAAGAUAACCACUACAGUGUAGUCUACACACAACCAUAAGGAAGGAGCCAUCAAGCCACAAGUAAUACUGAAACUUUACACUGUAAUGUGGAUACUCCUUUAAUGUCAAUGGAUGUAUUAAAUGAAAUAAAAUACGUAUUGUCCCAGUAUCAAGACUGCUUUCUAAAGCUGCCAGAAAAUAUAAAUGUAAAUAGUAAUAUUGAUAAGUUAAAAACUUUUUAAAGUUAUAUAAUUGUUAACCUUUUUUUGAAAUGGAUAAUCCUGUCUGCAAAUAUAUUUUUCUGAAAUAAAUAUUUGAUAUAUUUUUCUAAAAUGUAAUUGGCUGAAUAUAAAAUAAGAAGUUUGUAACCAAUAUUUGUGCUAAUCGUUUCAUUUUGGAUAGUGUCCUGAAUUGUGUUUAAUCUCAUGAACGUUUUCAGCCAGUUUUCAAUAGUUUGAUCUACACUUGAAAUGUAGAGCCGUUUUGACAAGGAUUUGUCUGUUUCCCACUAGAUGUGGUUUUGUGUCGUCUUAGAAUGAUUUGAAGCCAGUUUCCACCUUGCCAAGCAGUGAGUUUUAUAGUUGAUGCUGUUCAAUUUCAGGUUAUGACUCAAUGUAAUAGUUUUAUUUUUAGUACAAGGAAAAACAACUUUCAAUAAAGUAUGAUUUGAUGAA